AUGUUUACAAAAUCCGUUUCCGUUCUCUUCUUCUCUCUUCUAGCUUUGGUCUCCAUUGCCACUGCUAUCCCUUUCAAUCCUCGCUUCGAGAAUGAUAAUGCAUUGGAACUCAACAGACGUGGUACCUGCAAUGCGGACAACCUCCUUCGUUAUUUGAGGGCCCAUGGGCUUCUUGGCCAGGCAUCGUGUAGAACCUGGCUGAACGAAGGGUCGACCACGACCAAACCCAGCACAGGUGGAACAAAGACUGUGACCGUCGCUACUGAAAGCCCUACUAUCACCCUGACCAAAUCCAUUGUCUCUACCAAGACUGUCUACACGACAAUUGUCCUCGCAACAACGACAAACACGAGGUCAUUCACCGUGACUUCGACUACAACCGUUACCGCCACUCAAACAGUAGUCCAAUUGAAGGCGGUCAGGGCCAAGGUUCGCAAGGAUAAGAUUGUCAAGAAAGCCGCUGCGAGGUAUAACAUCUUGGAGCCAUUUACAUCCGACCCUGCCCGACUCUCCUCUGCCUGUUCUUGCGUUCUUCCAACUGUUACACCUAAGCCUGCGGAUACACCUACAGCGACUGUUUCUGUUACCGCCACCUCGCCGGUUAAUGUUGAUACCACGGUUUUUGUUGUUAGCACUGUGACUUCGACUAUCACACAAUCUGCAGCAGUAGCAGAGGUCUCAGUUACUGAAACGGUUGUUCGAACAGAAACGACGAGGCUUUAUACUCGUGUCUGGAUUCAGUAG